AUGCUCCCCCAAUCUACUAUGAGAAGAUCAACACAUCGUAUUCUUGCACAGAGCCCACAGUAUCAAGUUUGUCGGCGACUUCGGUCUACCAAGUCUCAUUACCACGAUGCUGCUCUUGGGCCGACAAUCCGUCCCCCUGUUGAGGUUUCGUCCAUGGCUCGAUUACCAACGAGAUUCCUGCUACGAUCAUUGCUUCUGACUUCCCUGAUGACCUCGAAAAUGUUCUUACGACCUGCAUUGGCUCUUAUGAGCGUCCUUUCGACCUCCAAAUCAGCGUUGUUGAACCCGGACCGGAAUAUUGCAUUGAACAAGCUUCUCCGCUGGACGGUCUACAACCACUUCUGUGCUGGAGCAAAUAAGAAGGAAGUGUCACGGACUGUGGCAGAUGUUAAGAAGAUUGGCUACCAAGGUGUUAUCCUGGGAUACUCAAGAGAAAUUGUGCUGGACCACAAUGAACAGGUGUCUGGCGAUGGAUCCGGUGCGACGCAGUACAGCAAGAAAUGUUAUGAGAUGGUCGACGAAUGGAAGAACGGUACACUGGAGACGUUGCAGAUGGUGGGUCUCGGUGACUUUCUCGCGGUGAAAUUGACAGGUGCCGGCCCCAUUUCGGUGGAUGCCAUGAUGGCCCGUCAGCCUAUGCCAGAAGUCAUGGCUAAAGCCGUGGACGAUAUCUGCAUUGCGACUGAGAAGCAAGGCUCACGUCUCUGGUUAGACGCAGAGCAACAAAUCCUACAGAAAGGACUCGAUGACUGGGCUAUUGAGAUAAUGCGCAAGCACAACAAACAUGAGACACCGAUCGUCUAUAACACCAUCCAAGGGUAUCUCAAGGGAUCCAAGGCCAAUCUUGAUCAGCAUCUUACGUUGGCUUCACAAGAGGGCUGGACCCUCGGCAUCAAACUGGUUCGCGGAGCAUACAUUGAACACGAAACGCGCUCUCUCAUCCACGAUACCCAACAAGACACAGAUCAGUCUUACGAUCUCAUAGCCGACACUAUGCUCUGUCGAAGAAUGCCUGCCGAUAAUCAAGAUCUUCCGUUCCCGAAAGCUGCUCUCUUCCUCGCAACCCACAAUGCGGCUAGUGCCACAAAGGCGAUUGCCACACAUCAAAACCGCCUCCUCGCCAACCAACCGACGAUUAUGCUCGAAUGUGGCCAGAUUCAAGGCAUGGCCGAUGAACUCAGCUGUGAAUUGGUUUCCAAUUAUGAGCGCGCUCUCGCAGAGUCAUCUGCGGCUAAUUUGACAGUCCCUAAGGCUUACAAGUGUAUGACGUGGGGCUCGGUGGCCGAGUGCAUGGGCUAUCUGCAUCGUCGAGCGGUCGAGAAUCGCGGGGCCGUGGAACGGACCCAACACAUGGUCAAUGCAUUGCGGCAUGAGCUAUGGCGGAGGAUCACCGGAUAA